AUGUGUUUCACUCGACCAUCGAUACCUGUCGUCCUCCUCGCCUUUGCUCAUGCCGUUGCAUCGCACAACCCUCCAGUAGGCCUUCUGGGCGAUUUGGGCGCUGCAAGACGUAUGGUCGAAAUGGGUGAUGUGAACCCUGAGCACAUUGUAACUUUCCGUUGGGAUGCUUAUGGACCUGAUUCGAUUCUCUACCUCUCAAAUCCAGAUCUGUUUGUGCCACUUGCCACUUCACUAGUCGACAAGAUUCGGGCGGACAUGGCUCUCCGCACGGUUCCGAUUGAGCACAAGGAUAUGUAUUCAUUCCCGGAGAAUCUUCUCCUCCUGCUUAUACGAAUCGCCAAACAACCCAUAGAUGGGAACAAACCGUGGGAACUAAGCACACACCAUCCUAUAAUUUUGAAUUACUUGAAUGCAGAGAUGGAGACUUCGCUCGAAGCAAAGGACGUAGAACUUGCUAGCAGGUUACGGAGCCUACCUCUGAACACACAAACCGAAAUCCUCGGGCGUGUUUCGAUUCCAAGAGUCGAAACUCUAAGCAAACUCUUCAAGGAGCUUCGUGCAGACGAUAAAUUGCGCAGAUUGAUUUGGCAAGAAAUGCAACUUUUGAGUUAUUUUAGCCCAGUAGACCGAAAAGCCUUCAGGGAUUUACACCUUGAUGAUACAUUCUUGCGUGCUAUCGUAAGGGCUCAUUCCAUUGAGUCCAAGAGAACUGGAGGCAAAGCUUGGUAUGGGGGCAUGUCGAUGGGGGAAAUUUCACUAUCUGACGAACUAGCCGAUAGGAUUGUUCCUGCGAAACUUUCACCCUUAGCGGAUUAUUACCAAGACUAUGAUCGACUUCUUAAUGAGGGCAAUGGCGAGCUGAAGGAAAGGCUAGAUCGGUUUUUAUUUACCCACGUCAUGUCUCUCUCAAGCCAUGUUCGCGAAAAUAAGAACACUGCCCGUACUUUCGUUCCCAGACUUACUGAGCUACCCAACGGCUGGUGGCUACCUUCAUCGCAAACUUCGAUCGAGGGCGUAGUGCGACCACUAAUCGAUAAGCUCUUCGAAAGUCUACAUUCAGAUUUUAUCACGGUAACCACAGCAAUCAACGAAAAAAAUGAAAAAGCGAGAGCUUCAGGCGUUCUCUCAGCCCUUUCAUACCCCGACACAGAUCCAUACACAGCGAUCCAUGGUCGUCAAGCAAGUGUUUUGGCUAGAUAUCAAGCCAUACGACAUUUGUGCAAGUAUUCAGGGAUCGACAUGCAUCAUGUCUUUUUAAUUUCAUUUCAAGACCCUCGAGCCGUUCGCCGUUGGUUAGCAGGUUUAUCAAGAUAUUGGUCAGUGAUAGAUAAUGUUAGAGUUACGGGUCAGAAGAGAAAGUGGCUAGACCUGGGUUGGAACUUGGGACCUCAUCAUUAG